AUGGAAGCAUACGAUGUGAUAAUAAAUCAGCCUGUAGUGAUAGAUAAUGGCUCGGGAGUUAUAAAAGCAGGCUUUGCUGGUGAUCAGGUUCCCAAAUGUCAUUUUCCAAAUUACAUUGGUCGUCCUAAGCAUGUGAGAGUCAUGGCAGGUGCAUUAGAAGGUGAUGUAUUUGUGGGACCAAAGGCAGAAGAACACAGAGGAUUACUUACAAUACGUUAUCCCAUGGAACAUGGUAUUGUAACAGACUGGAAUGAUAUGGAGCGAAUAUGGCAAUAUAUUUAUUCCAAAGAGCAGCUGCAAACUUAUCCUGAAGAACAUCCUGUAUUGCUAACGGAAGCUCCUCUUAACCCUCGCAGAAACCGUGAAAAGGCAGCAGAGAUCUUUUUUGAAACCUUAAAUGUUCCUGCAUUAUUUAUCUCAAUGCAGGCUGUUCUGAGUUUGUAUGCUACUGGUCGUACCACAGGUGUGGUCUUGGACUCUGGAGAUGGUGUCACUCAUGCUGUUCCAAUCUAUGAGGGUUUUGCUAUGCCCAAUAGCAUUAUGCGGGUAGAUAUUGCAGGUCGUGAUGUCACUCGUCACUUGCGCACUCUUUUACGGAAAGAGGGAUGGAAUUUCCGUACAACAGCUGAAUUUGAAAUUGUAAAAACCAUCAAGGAAAGAGCCUGUUAUCUUGCAAGUAACCCACAAAGGGAAGAAACUAUGGAAACGGAGAAGGCGCAAUAUACUCUACCCGAUGGCAGUACACUGGAUAUUGGACCUGCAAGAUUUAGAGCUCCAGAAAUUUUGUUUCGCCCUGAUCAUAUAGGCGAAGAAGUAGAAGGGCUUCAUGAAGUUUUAGUAGAUGCUAUUUAUAAGUCCGAUUUAGAUUUAAGAAGAGUAUUAUAUCAGAAUAUUGUAUUGUCUGGAGGCUCCACUCUCUUCAAAGGUUUUGGUGAUCGACUACUAAGUGAAGUUAAAAAAAUAGGACCCAAAGAUAUAAAAAUUAGAAUUUCAGCCCCUCAAGAAAGGUUGUAUUCUACUUGGAUUGGAGGAUCUAUCUUAGCAUCAUUGGAUACCUUCAAGAAAAUGUGGGUGUCGAAGAAAGAAUAUGAUGAAGAAAAUAUGCGCGCUAUUCAUAGGAAGACGUUUUAAAAAAGCAAAGAGCUUCUUAUUUUUUCCUUUUUCUGGAGCUAAUUUUACAAUGCUCUAAUUAUUUUUUACCUUUUAAUUUAUUUUGCUAUUAGAAGUUUAAAAUGAAAUAAUUUUAGCAGUUUUUAAAAAUUAUUGGUUGUGUACAUUACUUAAACCUGUAAAAACAAAAUUAUAGACCAAUUGUUAAAUCACUGGGGAAAUCAUUGAUUGGAUUGCCUUGAAUUGUAUAAAUACACUCACUUUAAAAUGCAUGAUUUCUAAAUUAUUUGAAUAUGCUAAUAAUAAAUGUCAUUCUUUAUCGCA